GGAUACUUGAAGGAAACUAUCACAAACGUUCAAGAAAACUGUCUAUUCCUAUUUCUAUUUUUUUUUCUUCAAAUUGAAAAGAAAAAAGACCCCUUUUCCUUAUAAAACAGGAAAAAAAGAAAAAGGAAGAAAAGACUCCUGUUAGAAUUACAUGUAAAUUCAGGCUUAGCAGGAGCAAAUAACAUAUUUAGUACCUUCAAUUGUCAUUAUCCUGAUUCUUUGUAUCUGCCAACAGUUUUGUUCAAAAACUCAACAGUCUCAGAAUUUGAUUUCUUUUUGGGUUCAAGAAAUUUCUUGAUUCAGUAAGACAUGGCCUUGGCAUUUACCCCUUUGUCAUGGUGGCUUUGGAGUGGAAAGCAUCAAGAACCAAAAAUCUCGAAAGGGACUUGUUUAAAUUCAUCGCCUGAUUCAGGGAUGUUGGAAUUGGAUACUUUGAAGUUCCCUCGGAAUAUUGCCUCCUCAUCUGGAAGGGUUAAGAGAAAAUGGCAGAGUCGAGAGGAGCGCAAGAUUGAUAGGGAGUAUGAUAUUGUUCUUGUGCCAUCGGACGGUGGAUGUGUAUCAGGGUCCGAGUCUGAUGAUUCAGACUGGUCCAUUGGAUGGUUGGAGCCUCAUGGCCCGGAGUUCCACAGUGAUGAAAAUAGAGAUGAUAGUUUUGCUGUGCUUGUUCCUUGCUAUGGACGUGGACGCGCAAACAUGGAAGAUAAUGCACAAGACAAGUUUCUGCAGGGCAUUCGAAACUUCAAGGAUAUACAUGCUUCUGAGAAUAAGAAGUAUACGGAGCAGUGGCUCUCAUCUUUGCGGUACAGCUGACAUACUGCAAUAGCUGAGUUGAUUCGAUUUCUUUGCUGCUGCCCCUCCAGAUUGAUCAAACUUUAGCUGUUUUUUGUUACCUAUUACAAGCUUAAAUAUCGACUUAGGAGUGAAAUGAAAAUAAACCUGUAAAAAGGGAUCGUCUAGGAACUCGUUAGGUACAUCAAUGAUCAUACCGUACUUUGUGUCUCUGCUUUUAGUUCAGAAGAAGAAAUCUCUACUUGCCUCCUCCGAUUGGUUUAAAUUUGUGAUUUGAAACUGGCUGGAAGGAGAAGAGAAGAAUGAUGGCUAAAGAAAGACAAUUGGAAGGGAAAGCUAAGUUGUGAUUAUGCUUGUAAUAUUCUUUGAUGUAAAUAUAUCUGUGAAUAGGUUCAUCCAGUUGUCAAUAUCUCUAUCUGUCCUUGAUAAUAGUUGGAUACAUGUGAUGUUAUUAGCAAGUAUGAUGUCAUUGUGAAUAUGCAGUUUCAUUAUUUCUGACUGAAAUAAAUGGGAAGUUCAAAUGUUA